UAAGUCAAGAAACAAUAAAGGGGAAGUCACUCUAUCGAUUUUUCAAGAAAAGUAUCUAGCAUCUGGAUGGCAGUAGUUUGCACUCCUCCUUUGUCCCUUCCCUUGCACUAUGAUGCAUCAUUCAAAGUUGAUGUACGCUUGCAUGAACCUCUAUUAUCAAGGGAUGUAACACCUAUAGAUACAGAAAUAGAAAUGAUGUCACUAUGUUCUCAGCUAGAUAUUUUGUGCCAUAAGGAACUUAAGGAGCAGCCAAAAGAAAAGAUAGAACAAGGAAGAUUUAGUAAUUCUUUUACAAACAGAGCUGCAGUAGUACAGGACAGAAUGAAUCAAGUGUUACACAAGAAUGUACAAAACAGAAUGUUUGUUAAUGAAUACUUGGCAGCAAAGGGUUUAGAUAGAUUAUUUCCUAGAGCAUCAGCUUUUAUUUCAUCACCAGCCAAUCUUGUUUAUUUGAAUGACAAAACAAGUCUUGAUGCAUACUACGCAGAUAUAUCAAGCUUAAAUCAACUGAAAUACCUUGCCCAUCAGAUAAAUUCUGAUCUGAGCAACUUAUCUGAACACAAAUACGUAGCUCACCAGAUCUCAAUAUUAUAUCAAUCUGUUAAUAAUAUCAACAACUCAUACCUUGAUCCAUACAAGAAAAGUAUAGAAGAGAAUUUUAAAUCAGUGAAGACAACACUCAAUGAGGAGCAUAAGGAUGGUACAAGGAAAUUAUUACCAGAACAAAAAGAAUGGUUGUUACAAUUAACCAGUGGAAUAGCUAAUUUGAUCUCAACAUUUCCCAUAGAACUAACUCAAGAAAUGGUACAACCUGCCUUAGUUUUACAACAGCAGUCCUAACAUAGGAAACCAGUCAAGAACAAUUUAAAUACGGACCACAUGUCUUCACAAAAUAUAUCCAUCACAAAUGCAUAUUUUUCACAUUUAGACUGUUUAUUAGAUUUUUAAUAUAAAAUGAUUGUAAAGUUUUCCAUAACUUUUGUGUAUACAAACUCAAAGCAACUGAAAUCAUUGUAGUUUUCUAUUCUUUUAUGAAAAUCCUAAGUAUGAAAACUUACUUGAUUUCUUACUUGGCUGUCAAAUAUAUCUACAAUCAUUUAUUGUGCAAUAGGGUAUUAUUUUUAUUUUUUCACCUUUAUAUCUAGGAAUUUAGGGUUAUUUAUUGGUAUGUGUUUUAUAAGAUAUGUCCAAUGCAGUAAGAUUUAUAUGGACGUUUGGUGCACAUUUUAAUUCAGAACAUAAAUUCAUCUUAAAAAUUAAAAAUGUAUGUUAAAUUUUGGAAAAUGCUUUACCUGUGGUCACCCACAGUUGCUAACUUCUAUGCCAUUUGGUCUCUUAGGGAGUGUUAUUUCAUUGGCAAUCAUACCACAUCUCCUUUUUUUAUAUGUAUACACCUUAUCGCGAUUUGGAAAUCUGUUCAGCUUGAACUUUUAACGUCAUGCAACAGUCACUUUUCAAUUGUGGGGUCAGAUAUUUUCUAUUAUAAUGUCAAACUUUUACGGAAACUUUUGUGAUGUCCAGUUAUGGCAGACAAAUAGCGAUAAGAUGUAUUGAAAUCUAACAGCACCAUUUUCACUAAAUUUGUAAAAUGACUAGUUGCCGCUUAUAUACAGUCAUUGCAUUACUUUAAUUUGUUGAGCAAAACAGCUGUUAUUGUACUUUUAACAUUUUAUAUCUUUGAUAUUUUAUAUCCUGUUUUGCAUUCUGAUAGUUAGAUAACAGUUUAUGGAUGUUGUAUGACACAGCAAUUAUUUGUAAAAAAAUCAAUUUGCCUUGGAGAGGUGAAAAUUAGGUGGAGGUCAGGACUAGGUGUUCUUAUUUUCUCUAAAUUUACAAUUUAUUUAUCAUUAUGUUUUAUUGUAUCAUAUUUACAUAUUCCAUUAUUAUAUUGAAAAGAUCAUCCUACAUUUGCCUAUGCACAUUAUAGAUUUGUAUAUGUCUGUUACUUUUUUUCACAAUUUUUUUCGUAAAUUAAAGGCAAACAUUGAAAACUUUCAUUGUAAGGCUAAGCUAAACUAUGGGAAAUACCAUAUGCUCUGCCACUUUCUAGUGGGGCAUACAUGUUGAGUAUAUGUCACGGUAAACCAACUUAUUUUUUAGGAUACUUAAGUCCUUUCAUACCAAUUUCGUGGCCAUUUAUUAAAUUUUGCGAUUUUCAAAUUCACUUGAUGUAAUUCAAUAAGAAAAGAUUCAAGUUUUACAAGAUCGCGAUCCUGUUCCUGUUCUUUUCCUACUCACAAAGGUCUCGAAAAUAAAUCGCUCAUGAAAAUUAGUUGGUUUACAGUAUACUGGUAGUUUGUCAAUUAUCAUCAUUAUCAUUCUGUGUAGUUUAUAUGUUUAUCAUUUGGUGCAACUGUAACAGCUAGUAACUUUAUUUGGGGAUAUUUUUGUUUGUUUUUGUUUGUGAAUAAAAUUAUUUGUUUA